AUGCAGCAUGUCUUUAUCGUCGGUGGGGGUGCACACAUCCCCUACGUGACUCAGUCACUCAAUCGUCACUUCAAUGCCCCUGGGCUAACGGUUGUCGUGCCCCAUAAUCCGCACCUGACAGUCCUGUAUGGCGCGGCAAUGUACGCCGCGGUCCACCUCACCUCCAUGGAGCUGGACUUCAACGAGGUGGAUUUGACCCGGUGCGCUACACGAUAUAGACGGAAUGUUCUGCCAGCGAAAAUCGGAUGGCAUUCACUGCAACCGCAUGGAGAAGAGGCAGAUUCCUCCUGGAGUAUCCUCCAUUAUUGA